AUGGAGGUUGACAGCGACGCGAAUUCGAGGUUUGCCGAGGGGACUCGUAACUUUGUGAAUUGGUUUCAAACUCUUCCUGGGGCCACCUUCCGCUCGGAUUUGAUCGCGGUUGAGGACUUGAGAGGACGAAACGCUGGCCGAGGAAUCACCGCCCAACAAGACAUCGCAGCAGACACGGUGCUGUUCACCAUUCCCCGAACCGCCAUCAUCUGCACCGCAACCUCAGGCCUCAAAGACAAGAUCCCCGGCAUUUUCGACCUCGAAAGCGAUGACGCCGGGCACACCGACUCCGACUCCGACUCCGAGUCUACCCGCUCAUCGCAGGACUCCUGGACCCUGCUCAUCCUAGCCAUGAUCUACGAGCACCAACAGGGCGACGCCUCGCGCUGGAAGCCCUACCUCGACGUGCUGCCCCCCGCCUUCGACACGCCCAUGUUCUGGUCGCCCGCCGAGCUCUCCCAGCUGCAAGCCAGCGCGCUGAUUGCCAAGGUCGGCAAGGACGAGGCCGACCGCAUGAUCCAGGCCAAGAUCGUCUCGGUCCUGCUCCACCUCGCCCACCGCAUGGGAAGCACCAUUAUGGCGUACGCGUUCGACCUCGAAAAGGACGAGGACGAGGAGGGCGAGGAGGAGGAGGAGGGGUGGGUGGAGGAUCGCGAGGGAAAGACGAUGCUGGGGAUGGUGCCGAUGGCGGACAUACUGAACGCGGACGCGGCGUUCAACGCGCACAUCAACCACGGCGGCGACGCGCUGACGGCCACGGCGCUACGGCCCAUCCGCGCGGGCGAGGAGGUGCUCAACUACUACGGCCCGCUGGCCAACGGCGAGCUGCUGCGCCGCUAUGGCUAUAGCGAGCUGAGAGAGCGCGUUGGGGGGCGUGUGGGGGUUGCGGAGUGGGAGGGGGUGAGGCGGCUGUUGCAGGCGGAUGAGGAGUUUGAGGAGAGUUUUGUGCUGGAGCGGUCGAGCGAGGACCCGGACUCGACGGGGCAGCUGGGGAGCGAAGCCGUUUUUACGGGCUUGCCGGAUGAGUUGGGAGAGCAGUUCAAGACGUUCCUCAAGGCGAUGAAGAAGGUUGGGAAUGUCGAGCUCGCUGUGCAGGCCUUGUCGGAUAAAGAUACGCGCAAGGACUUGUACUUGAGGACUGUCCUCCGUGCCCUCCAUGCCAGGGAGAAGCAGUACGCCACAUCGCUCGAGGAGGAUGAGCAGGUAGCAAAUGCGGAACAGCUGUCCGGGCGGGAGAGAAUGGCGUUGUGGGUGAGAAGAGGGGAGAAGCAGGUUCUACGGGAAGCUCAGGCGUGGGUACAGAGAGAAAUUGAUGAGGGGCGGGCUCAAGCUUCAGCGAGGACGCGCGAGAACGACGGCCCAGCUGCAAAGAGGCGGCGGAUGUGA